UCAUCUGAGGCAUAGUUUCUUCCACCAUUUUAAUCUCUUUCUCUUUUUAUUCCAGUGGGGGAAAUGUGGGAGAGUGAAGAUGAGGUGGGUCCAUGUGAGAUGCCCUCAGAAAUCAACCCUAUCAAAGUACUGAAAGAAAAUUUGUGGAAGCAAGGUGGAUCAAACAGAUCUGAGGGGAUCCCCCUAGAGAAGAGGAGUGAUGUCAUCAUUUCCUGCCAGGACGAAGAUUUCCAUGAAAUCCUCAUUCAGGGACAACUGAUGGAAGAGAGGAAGAACUGGUGCCAGGGUGCCCACUGGAGAAUCCACCGAGGGGAGAAACUCAACAAGAACAUAACAUUUGGGAAGAGUUUUCAUCAGAACCAAAACCUUGCUGAGUAUCAGCUGCUCCACUCUGGGGUGAAGCAGUACAAAUGCUUAGAAUGUGGGAAAGGUUUUAGUCAAAGCACCCACCUGACUUCGCAUCAGAGGAUCCACACAGGGGAGCGACCAUACAGUUGUUCAAGCUGUAGCAAGAGCUUCAAUCAGAGCACCAGCCUUAUUCAACAUCAGAGAAUCCACACCGGGGAGAAACCCUAUCAAUGCUCCGAGUGUGGGAAGAGCUUCCGCCACAGUACAAGCCUGACCUCUCACCAGAGAAUCCACACGGGGGAGAAGCCGUACAAAUGCUCCGAUUGCGGGAAAGGCUUUUGUAACCAGUCUGGCCUCAUCAACCAUAAGACCAUUCACACGGGGGAGAGGCCAUACAAAUGCCUCGAGUGCGGGAAAAGUUUCAGCCAGAGCACCCACCUUACCUCGCAUCAAAGAAUCCACACUGGCGAGAGACCGUAUAAAUGCUCAGACUGUAACAAAACCUUUUGUGAUCAGUCAGGACUUGUUAAACAUCAGAGGAUUCACACGGGGCAGAAACCGUAUAAAUGCCUGGCGUGUGGGAAGAGUUUUAGUCAAAGCACCAAUCUCAUUAGACAUCAGAGAAUCCAUACAGGGGAAGAAGCCCUGAAUUUAACUUCUUGUAAUGCAACAGUUACAUUCCAGCUUCAAAUGCCUGCCAUUUCUAAGGCUUAGAACUUUAGUCACAUGGAUAUUUUUUCAGCCGUCGCUCUUAUGUGGAG